AUUCGGCAGUACACAGACUGUUAAUUCUGUCUUACUCAAUGUAGUAGGGCAGCACGCAUUCUAACUUUUUAGAAUAAGGGAUAUACUUUUUUUGUGUCGGCUUCUAAGGGAGAAGAGUAGAACAACAGCACAACUUGGAGUAUUCUUUCUUUAAUUAGAUUGGGAGACACGUGACAGCCGGUUUUGCCACUGGAUUCCACUGGAUCACAAGUGAGGUUGUCUAUUCUGUUUCUUCCUUUUGAUGCUGCACAUUUUAGCAUUAGGGUGAACAACUGAAUUAACAAUCAUGGUUGCUGGAAUGUUAAUGCCCUUAAGGGACCUGAGGGCCAUUUAUGAGAUCUUGUUUCGUGAUGGCGUCAUGGUUGCAAAGAAAGACAAGCGACCUCAGGUAAAGCAUCCAGAGAUUCAAGAUGUGAGUAAUCUCCAAGUCAUCCGUGCGAUGGGUUCUCUCAAAUCCAGAGGCUUUGUGAAGGAAACAUUUGCAUGGCGUCAUUUCUAUUGGUAUUUAACAAAUGAGGGCAUUGUUUACCUGCGUGAUUUUCUUAAACUUCCCUCUGAAAUUGUCCCAGCUUCCCUUCAAAGAGUUCGAAAGCCAACCUCAACUUUCGCUUUUGCCCAAAGAGCUGCACGGGUCCAAACUGUAGAAGGUCCAACGUCAUAUGUUCCUAAACCUGGACGCAGGGUAGAUGCAGAAAGCAAAGAUGCUCUAGCUGAACGUCAAGUCUAUCGCAGAAGAGUGAUGGAAUCAGGAGAAAGCCAUGCCUACUUUGAUAAGACGCCAAGAUUCAGAGGACGCCCAAUUGGUGCUGAUGCCAAACCAUCACUAGAAAUAGAAGACAAUAGUCAGUCUUUGUUCACAAAUGGUUUCAACACUGAGACAAGCAGGUUUGCAAAAGUCUUCCAGCAGCAGCCAAGUGCAAGCGGAGACAGGCCACGUGAGCAAAUGAUUGUUCAGAUUGAGAAAGCUACAAGUUCUGCCCAGUUUAACAACAGCAUUGCAUCACAAGAUGUAUCCAAGUCUGGUGUGCCAUCAGUUAGCGCCCUACCAUUAACUGCAGCUGCAACUUCAGGUGCUGUAGCAUUAAAGGUUCUAGUUGAAGCCUCCCCUCCCAAAACAAAUACGGAUAAGCCAAUGAAGACCACUGAAGAGAAGGCAUGGAGGAAAAUUAAUGAGCAGGGUACAAGAAGUUUUGAGAUACAAGUCCAAAAGGAGCAAAGAAAUGAAGUUAGUGUGGAGCAAAAUAUGUCCAUAGAGGCUAAGGCUCCUGCACAAUCUUCAACAAAUACAGUCAUGGGUAAAGCACCUGGUCAAAAGGCCAUCACCAAACGUGGCAUUAGAGAGGCUGGCAUAACAACUGAAACUACUAGCCUUUGGACAAAACCUGCUGCAAAUAAAACAAUUAUUGAAUCCAAAAUAACUCAAAGGACCACACAGAUGCCAGACCAAGUGACUGGCAGUGAUACAAGCAAACCUGUUAUGUGUACUGAUGGAGUUCAAAUACCUCAAAAGGCCAAAGGUGCUGAAGCAGAACAAACUGGUACAGUAGCUGACUCUGCAACAUUUGCUGUUCCAACAGUUAAUAGUAAUUUAGCCACCAAUGCCCCUGCUAAAAUGUCCAAACCAGUUCAGGGAGAUGGAGUGAUCACAGAACUGACCAAAGAGGAAUCAGUAGAACAUUCAGUACGAGCAAAUGAGAAAUCCCCAGGGAUGAUUGUUAAACCCACUGAACAGGAAUAUUAUGCUAUAACAGCCAAACCAGUAGCUGAGACAAGCUCUAAGUCAAAUAAGAAAAAGAAAAAUGAGAAAUCCACAAGUCCAACUUCUGAAAGCCUCCAUGAUAUGAAUUUGAAUGUUCCAAAAAAGAAAAUCAAUAAAGAGGGACCCACUGAAGAAAAAAAUAUUACACAAUUGUCAACUGGCAUCAAGCCAUUGAAUCAACAACAUGGAGUUAGAAGUGACUCUGAUAAAGAGCAAAUAAAGAGUGUUUCUGGCAAAUCUAGUGGAAAGUCAACCAGAGAUGAAACCAAAGAAAUAGUUCCUCAUAUCUCUGCAACAAUUAAAGAUGCAAAAAUGAGCCCAACUGAUCCUGAACUUAAACUGCAUGUCAACAAAGAGGAAACUGUGCAGAAAAUAACAUGUGAUGUACAAGGAAGUUUGAAUCAAAAAACCCACACUGCACCACCACCUGUAAUCCAGGAACUGCAUACUACAGUACUAGAUGAACAAACAAUCUCAAAUCAAACUGAAACCAAAACUAUUAUUGAUCAAACACCAGCGGCUCAAGUACACGAUGAAAUGAGUUCAAGCGAUGGUCAAGCCAACCAGGAGUCUGCAGUGAGCUCUAAAGCUAAAAGAAAGAAGAAGAAAGCUAUGAAUGAAUUACCAACCAAUUCAGAAAAUAAAGCAGAGACAAAACAAGCUGAUAUUCCUGUUUUAUCUGCACCCAAGUAUGAAAAUAAAGAUACAUCUGAUAAGGGAGAGGUAGAUCAAGCUGAAGCAUUCAAAAUAAAAGAAACUAGUAACAAAAUUAUUCAAGAGGUGAUUAUGAAGACUGGGUUUGCCUCUGAGAGCUCAGCAGUGCCACCAGUGGAGUCUAAAGGGAUGACAAGUGUAACACAGAUGAAACAAGGCAAAUUAGUAACAGUUCAGAAAGUAACUAAAGUGCAUGAGGAGCGAACUAUUGCACUACCAGAAACCCAGGAACCAGUUUCAAUUAAGCCUAUGGAGACAUCUGUUACACAACAGGCUGAAACUGAAAAGGUAAUUCCUCCUGUCAUCAAAGAACAAACACCAGAGGCUCUGAAAGUGACAGCACAUGACCCCACUCCUCAAAGUGAUUCUCAACAGGAGACAGCAGGGAGCUCUAAAUCAAAAAGAAAGAAAUCGUCAAAAGAUACAAGUCCAGAAAUUAAGAUUGAUACAAAACAAGAAAAUUCAAAAGAGCAAGAAGCAAACACCAGUGAAAAUGUAAUUGUAACAGAAAAGACUACAGUUAGCAAAACCAUCAAUGUGGCUCCCAAAGAAAAGACAGUUUCUAAAAAUGAUGAUAUGGAGCCAGAGAAACCUGAAAUAGUUGAGAAAACAAUUACAGAGAAGAUAAUAACUCAAGUUAAACUCAUACAACAAAGUGAAGUAACUGAAAUACCAAAUGAAGAGCUCCCUUCUACAGAAAACAUCACUAUGGAAACAUUCAAUUUAGAUGUUGUUAAAGCUGGAAAGAGAAAACACCCAAGAAAAGACAGAAGAAAUGAACGAAAAAUAAUUCUGUAUUCACCAUCCGAUGAGAUGGAUCAGGAGCAAAUCCAGACAGCUUUUACACAAAUAUCAAGCUGCCCCCAAGGAGCAAUUUCUCCAACCUCUGAUGUAACAGCAACUGAGAAGAUAGAUACUGAUGUGGUUCAUGACGGGAAAGAAAGUUAUGAAAAACAAGAGGAGUCUAUGCAAGAAAGUGAACACAAACAAGAAUUUGUAAAGACCAAAACUCAGGAGCUGGUUAAAGAUGACAUAUCAGUGAAAAAAACACUUGAGGUCCACAUUGAUGUUCCAUCUACUAUCACUAAUGAUGAAAAGGACAUGUCUAAAAAGGACAGUAUGGAUGACCUGAUAAAACCUGAUGAAAAAGAUGAAAUGGGAAAUGCACAAAUUAAAAUUGUCACAAAUAAGACUACAGAAAUUGCGUCUUCGACCACUACCAAACCUCAAGCUGAGCCUCCACUUGACACACAUGCAGCAAAGGAAAUGGCAGAGAGCCAAAUCACUGUCAAAGAGCCUGAAAAUACAACCGUUUCUGAAGAAGUAAAUGUUGAAAUUACAGAAGAAACCAGAAAACCAGGAGAUAAAUUUCCUGUGACAACCUGUCCUGAAGAACUACCUGAGCACAAGCCCUUCGUGGAAAACUCAUUACAUGUACAAACAACUGAUAUGAUUCCACUGGACUCUAAAGAUGAAAAAUCAUCAGAGGAAGUUAUUAAAGAGGCUGAAACUGAGGGUGCAAAUAUAAACCAGCCUGUCCCCACAUCGCUGCCAGUAGAUAAAGUCAAACAUCCAGUGAAGCAUGUAACAUUCAAAGAGGAAAUAAAGACUAUUUCUGAUGUUAGUGAUGGAAACGUGACUACAGCAGGGAGCUCUACAGCACAACCAGGAGAUUCUGACACUGCACCUGUUGAGAACAAAAUUACAGUCAGCACAACCAGCCAGGGACCAAGCAGUGCCAAAGAAGAGGGAGUGCACACGACUGAAAUAGUAACACUUCAGAAAAUCGUUGAAGUUGCACAAGACCAAUUAUCAGCUAAGGACAGACCAUUCGUUUCUCCACUAGAAACAUGGGAACAAGGUCGAGAUGGGACGACAGGAGAAAAAACUAGAAAUGAUGAAAAGGUGAUUUCUACAGAUGAAAAAGUUCCAGAUAAUAUGGAAGUAACUGCGCAGGAAAUAAAUGAAGUAGAUGAAAAUGAAAAAGUGUUUGAAUCAAGCUCCAAAUCAAAGAGAAAGAAGAAGAAAUCUGCUAGUAGGACAUCAAAAGACACUAGUCCAGAAAAUAAGCAAAAUGCAGAGAUUGACAUUAAGCAAACUGACAUCUCUGCUGUUGCUAUUAGCAAAACCAAUCAGGAGCCCAGUGAAAUUAAAACAACAGAAGUUACUCUAGACAAAACAGUGACACUUCAGAAAACCACUAAUAUUGAUCAAAACACGCCUGACUUGUUGAAGAGCUUGCCAAAUAAUCAAGAACAAGUUUCUAUUCAGUCUACAGCAAAGAUUCCUAUUGCACAACAGCCUGAGAAGGUAAUUCCUCCUGUCAUCAAAGAAAUUACACCAGAGGCUCUUAAAGCGACAGCACAAGAACACGGGCCUGUAGCUGCAAGUGAAUCUCAACUGGAGGGCCCCAUGAGCUCUAAACCCAAAAGAAAAAAGAAGAAAUCUGAGAGUGAGACACCUCAAGACAGUUCAGAAAAUAAAGAAAAGAUAAAUCAACAAACUUUCUCAGAAAUGGAUCAUGAGAAUAUUGUCAUUUCAGUUAAAUCUGCUCCAGCUGACUCCAACAAUGAGGGAAUAAAACUAUCUGAAACAAUUAAGACCAUAGACAGUAAUGCGAAACCAAUCAAAGACAUAUCCAAAGAAAAUGAGACUGCUUUUGGGAGCUCAGCCCUGCCUCAAAUAGAAUAUAAAGACACUACAUCUGUGGUAGAGAAUAUAACCAGCCUGGAGCCAACCAGCCCCAAAGAGAAAGCUGUUAGUAAAAUUAAACAUGAACAGCCUGAGACCUCUGUAGCUGAGCUGAAAUCUGAGACUGUUCAAAAAAUAGCUAAAGUUGAAAUUAUACACGAAGGCCUGAUGCCUGAAUUAAAAAGUUCUGAUGGUCAACUAUACACUAAACAAACAGUAACAGAUGUGAUACAGACAACAAUAACAGAUGAAGUAAAUAUAAAUGUCAAAGAAACAAAAUCAAAAAGAAAGAAGAAGAAAGAAGAAAAGAGUGAGUCACCCAAAGACACUAGCCCCGAAAUCAAACCUGCAGAAAGAGAUGAGACUAAAACCAGCAAAGAAACAACACCAACUGCACCUGAAAUGUCAACAGAAAUGAUAGAUGUGAUAGAAAAUACACAUUCAAUUUGUCCCAGCUCAUCUUUGCCCUACAAAACCAGCCUGGAGUCAGUCACAUCAAAAAAGACAGGGGAAGAGAAAAGAGAGCCAGUUCAGAAAAUAACUCAAGUUGAAAUCAAACAAGAAAUACAUGGAAUAAGGAGUUUGCCAAAUACUGAGGGAGCACAAGCUGAUAAAGUAAUUCCUCCAGUCAAAGAAAUGCAUCCAGAGACUCUUAAAGGGACAGUACAUGAAUCCAGCCCUGCAGUUGCAAGUGAAUCUCACCAGGAGGCACCGAUAAGCUCUAAAUCUCGGAGAAAGAAAAAUAAAUCUGAGAGUGAGAUGCCGAAAGACAGCAGUCCAGAAAAUAAAGCAGAGGCCAAGCAUGAACUUGCCCAAAAGAUAACUGAUGGGAAAACUGCCAAUGCGGUUUUAUCUACCAUGCCUGACACUGAUAAGAAGCAAGUCAAUCAAUCUGAAACACUGGACAUGACAGAAAGUGAUGAUAAGCCAGUUAAAGGAAUCAUUAAACAGAAUGAGACUGCUCCUAAAAUCUCAGCAGCACCCCAAGUGGAGUCUUUAGUCACUACAAAUAUAACAGAGGAAACUACUGUCAGCAAAACUACACUGGAACCAACCAGCCCCAGUAAGAAGACAGUUACUAACACAGAAGUAGCACAAAUUGAGCUAAAGAAGACUCAAUUAAAAACAGUGACAGUUCAGAAAAUUACAAAAGUUGAAUUUAUACAAGAAACCCCUGAUUUACAGCAAGACACUCAGGGGCCAGUUACAGAUGCAUCUACAGUAGAGACAUCCGUUACAAAACAGACAGAAGAGGUCAUCAUUCCUACAAGAGAAACAAAAUCUAAAAGGAAGAAGAAGAAAUCUGUGAGUGAGUUGCCUGGAGACAGAGGCCUGGAAAUUAAACCCACAACAGAAGAAGAGACCCACACUGAGGGGAAAACUAUUACCUCAACUGCUGCUCCUCUCUCACCUCCAACUGCAGGAGAGCCAAAAACAGAAAUGAUGACAAAGAGUGAGUCAGUUUGUCCUAGCUCAACAGCACCUCCAGUGGAGCCUGUACAAGAUGCACAAAAUAUUAAUGCAAGCAAAACUGAUAAGGAGCCAGCCAGUCCUAAAGAUAAUUUUGAAAAUGUUGUGGUAGAGAAAAUAGUUUCUAUUACACGAUCGGAAAAAACAAUUAAGGUUGAAUCAGUAGUGGAAAUGACAGACAAAGAGCAGGCUUCUGACAGUAAACAUGAAAAAUCUCAAGUUGAAAUUAAAACACAAGCUCCUGACAGUAGCUUUAAGUCAAAAUCAAAAAAUAAGUCUCCAGUUCAUAAACAAUGUAGCACAGAGGCCAUAGCAGAUAUGAAAGACAAAAAUCUGAAAGACACUCAAGACACUGUUGAAGAGAUAACAAAUAUUCAACCAACUAAAACCGAAAUCCCCCAAGAAUGUUCAGUCACACUGCCAGAAACUACACAAGUCGGAAAGCCCACCCCGGACCCCACUCAAACUUUAAAGCUGGCUGCCCCUGUCAAAAAGGAUGAAAAAUCACUGGAGGGUCCAGAAGAGCUUAUUACUGAGACUGAACAAGACAUGACCGGACCCAGCUCAAAAUCCAAAAGAAAGAAGAAGAAAUCCCCAACUACAGAGCACCCACCAGAUAUUAGGAAAGAAAACAUUACAGGAAUCCCCUCUCAGGACAAAAAUAUUAUCCAAACAAGUGGCGGCCCUGCAGACAAAAGGUCACCUGAGAGUAAACCCAGCCAUGACAAAGGGCAAAUAAUUGAGAUUUCAAAAGAGACUAGUGAUAAACCAGUCAAGGAAAUAUCUAUAGUUGCACUGGGAGAGUCUGUUGCACAAGGGCCUGCAAUAAAACCAAAGGAGCUUGCUAAUCUUGCACAAAAAACUGAGAUAGAAAAAUCUUCUAGGCCAGAAGAAGUAAAAAAGACCCUGUCUGAAAGUGAAACUGUGACAAUGCAUAAAAAAACACACAUUGAGAUCACAGAACAAACCCAAGAGCCUGCUAUUGAGCCUAAAUCCCCCAUAAGCCCUGUUAAAACUACUCUCGAGCUGGGCAAAUCUAAGAGGAAAGGUAAAGGGAAAAAGCCUGCAGCAGCCCAGUUAUCAGAAACCAUAAACACUGAGCCUGGACUGUUGCCGGAAGCAGAACCCCUGGCAUCUACACAGGGCACUGACCCGACCAAGGUUACUGUGAGGGACGACCCUGUAGUGACCUCAGAAGUGACAGAAAGCAAUGCUGGUCCAAAAAUGACUGCUGAAAGAAUGCAUAGUGAGGAAACUGUCCAGGCAGCAGCUGUGCUCCCUGAGGCCCCGGCAGACAAAAGAGAGGUGGAGCCUGCUCUGCCCCGUGCUGAAAAACGUAUGCAGAGAGCUCCAAAGGCAAAAACAUCCUCCACAGAGAAGGGAGAGAGCAGAGAGUUAGCGUCAGAGGCAACAGCGCUAACAACAGCACAGGCAGCUGCAAGUCAGGCACGGGACAGCCCCCUCCACCCGCACUCGGAGCCUCCCAUAGUUGCACAACAGCAGUGGAGCACUCAGGCAGCAGAGCGCAGCACAGAGGAAAGCCACGCCAGUUCAAAGUCACUGCCGCACAUUCAAGAGACGAAGAAGAAGUUGGUAAAGGACACACCCUCUGCCACCACUACACCUGCCGUCUCACAGAUUCAGCUGGGGGAGCCCACUUACUCCAUAUUUUGUGAAACUGACGAAUCCAACAUGAGGAGGAAAAUAGUUGUAGUGGAGGAGAUAGUGGAGGUGAAGCGGCUAGUUAGUCCUGAUGCUGCAGUAGGCGGGCAGUCACCUCCACCACCUGUGGCAUGUGAGGAGGACGAAGAAGAUGAAUUGGACUUGGAUGUUUUGGAGGAGAUUGCCAUAGAGAGGUCACUUUUACAGGGAGGACCUCCGCCCUCUUUCCCAGGAGCUGCUGAAGGGGACUGGGACCACUCGCUUGUGGACCCAGAAGACAAGACUUUUAACUUCGUGGAAGAUGAACGGGACCGUGUACAAAAGAAGACCUUCACAAAAUGGGUGAACAAGCACUUGAUAAAUGCACAUCGUCAUGUGACAGAUCUCUACGAAGACCUUCGGGAUGGACAUAACCUGAUCUCCCUGCUGGAGGUCCUCUCUGGGGAAACCCUGCCCAGAGAGAAAGGCCGCAUGCGAUUCCACAAACUGCAGAAUGUACAAAUAGCACUUGACUUCCUCCGACACAGACAGGUGAAGCUUGUCAACAUCCGAAAUGAUGACAUCGCUGACGGAAACCCCAAACUCACUCUGGGGUUAAUAUGGACCAUCAUCCUUCACUUCCAGGUCUCCUCAUCUAUCUCAGAUAUUCAGGUGAACGGUCAGUCAGAAGACAUGUCGGCCAAAGAAAAGCUACUCCUCUGGUCCCAGAAGAUGACAGAUGGAUACCAGGGCAUCCGCUGUGACAACUUCACCACCAGCUGGAGAGACGGGAAACUGUUCAAUGCUGUCAUUCACAAGCACUAUCCAAGACUCAUUGAUAUGGGCAAAGUGUACAGACAAAGCAACCUGGAAAACCUGGAGCAAGCUUUUGGAGUGGCAGAGCGAGACCUGGGAGUCACCCGCCUUUUGGAUCCAGAGGAUGUUGACGUGCCUCACCCUGAUGAGAAAUCCAUCAUCACAUACGUCUCAUCUCUGUAUGACGUCAUGCCCCGCAUUGAUGUAACUGACGGAGUCAGAUCUAAUGACUUGGAGCUGCGCUGGCAGGAGUACUACGAGCUAGUGACACUUCUACUGCAGUGGAUUCGGCACCAUGUUGUCAUCUUUGAAGAGAAGAAGUUUCCCACCAGCUAUGAGGAGAUAGAGCUUUUGUGGCGCCAGUUCCUCAAGUUCAAGGAGACAGAGCUGCCAGUGAAAGAGACUGACAAGAACCACUCAAAACAAAUCUACCAGACAUUUGAGAGUGCAGUACAUGCUGGUCAGGUGAAAGUCCCACCAGGCUACCAUCCCAUUGAUGUGGAGAAGGAAUGGGGACGGCUGCACGUGGCCAUUCUCGAGAGAGAGCGUCUGCUCAGAAUAGAGUUUGAAAGACUUGAAAGACUGCAAAGGAUUUUCACCAAAGUCCAAAUGGAGUCUGGUGUUUGUGAUGAUCAGCUCACUCAUUUGGAGGCCCUCCUGCAGAAGGACAUUCACCUGCUGAAUGCAGGGAAGCCAGCCCAACACACAGCAGAAGUGGAGAGAGAGCUGGACAAGGCAGACAACAUGAUCCGCCUGCUCUUCAAUGAUGUGCAGUUUCUUAAAGAUGGGCGCCACCCUCAGGCUGAACAGAUGUAUCGUAGAGUAUACCGGAUACAUGAGAGGCUGGUGAAUUUGCGCAGUGACUACAAUCUCCGACUAAAGGCUACACCACCAGUGGUGCAGACAGUCCAGUCGGUUACAACGAAGGCGCGCCCAGAACUGGAUGAUGUUACACUGCGUUACGUACAGGACCUAUUGGCCUGGGUCGAGGACAACCAGAGGCGCAUCGAUGAGGCAGAGUGGGGCUCAGACCAGCCCUCUGUGGAGUCCCAGCUGGGCAGCCAUCGUGGACUGCAUCAAACUGUGGAAGAUUUUAAGGCUAAGAUUGAGCGAGCCAAGACAGAUGAGAAUCAACUAUCGCCAAUGAGCAAAGGCACAUAUAAAGACUACCUGGGUAAACUGGACCUACAGUAUGGAAAACUACUGAACUCUUCAAAGUCCCGCCUGAGAAACUUGGAUUCACUUCAUGCAUUUGUCAGUGCUGCUACAAAAGAACUCAUGUGGCUUAAUGACAAAGAGGAGGAGGAGGUCAACUAUGACUGGAGCGAUAGGAACACAAAUAUGACAGCUAAGAAAGAUAACUACUCUGGUCUUAUGCGAGAACUUGAACAUCGGGAGAAGAAGGUCAAUGACAUCCAGGCCAUGGGUGACAAACUUGUUCGUGAUAACCAUCCUGGCAAAAAGACCGUCGAGGCUUUCACAGCUGCUCUGCAGACUCAGUGGAGCUGGCUCCUUCAACUGUGCUGCUGCAUUGAGGCUCACCUAAAGGAAAACACAGCCUACUAUCAGUUCUUUGCUGAUGUGAAGGAGGCUCAAGACAAGAUGACAAAAACACAAGAAAACAUGAAAAAGAAGUACAGCUGUGAUCGCAAUACGACAGCCACACGCCUGGAGGAUCUGCUGCAGGAUGCUGUGGAAGAGAGAGAGCAGCUGAAUGAACUAAAGACUAUGGUAACUGGCCUUAACAAGAGAGCAAAGACCAUCAUCCAGCUGAAGCCACGUAACCCCACCACCCCUAUCAAAGGAAAACUGCCCAUUCAGGCAGUGUGUGACUUCAAGCAACAGGAGAUCACUGUCCAUAAAGGAGAUGAGUGUGCACUUCUUAACAAUUCGCAGCCAUUCAAGUGGAAGGUGCUGAACCGGACUGGUAAUGAGUCUGUGGUCCCCUCUGUCUGCUUCAUGGUGCCUCCUAUCAACAAGGAAGCACUGGACAGUGUAGCCAGUCUGGAUGGAGGGCAGCAACAGAUGGUGUUGAUGUGGCAGAAAUACUACAUAGACAUGAAGAGUCUGUUGUCAUGGCAAUACCUGAUGAAAGACUUUACACAGAUUAAUUCCUGGAACAUUACUAUGCUCAAGUCCAUGAAGCCAGAAGAGUACAGACUGGUGAUGAGGAACCUGGAGCUGCAUUACCAGGACUUUAUGAGAGACAGCCAGGACUCUCAGAUGUUUAGACCCGAUGACCGCAUGCAAGUGGAGCAGGACUAUGCCAAGACGACACAACAUUUUGAGAACCUCAUUCGCUCUAUGGAGAAAGGUCAACAGGAUGAGACAAUGUGCAAGAACUACAUCUCUGAGCUGAAGGACCUGCGUAUGCACAUCGAGGACUGCGAGAACAGCACUGUGGCUCGUAUCCGAAAACCAGUGGAGUCAGAGCCUCUGAAGGAUUGUCUCCAGAAAACAACAGAGCAGAAGAAAGUGCAGGUGGAGCUGGAUGGUCUGAAGAAGGACUUGGAUAAAGUCUCUGUGAAGACGCAGCAAGUCCUGAACUCACCUCAGCCCUCAGCCUCAGCUCCAGUGCUCCGCUCAGAGCUGGACCUCACAGUUCAGAAGAUGGACCAUGCCCACAUGCUCUCUUCUGUCUACCUUGAGAAGCUGAAGACGGUGGAAAUGGUGAUCCGUAACACUCAGGGUGCAGAGGGCAUUCUCAAGCAAUAUGAGGACUGCCUUCGCGAGGUUCACACUGUUCCCAGUGACGUCAAAGAAGUGGAGUCUUAUAGAGCUAAGCUCAAGAAAAUGCGAGCAGAAGCAGAGGCUGAACAACCAGUGUUUGACUCCCUGGAUGAGGAGUUAAAGAAAGCCUCAGUUGUCAGUGACAAGAUGUCCCGUGUGCACAGUGAGCGAGAUGUUGAGCUAGACCACUACCGUCAGCUCUUGUCCACCCUGCAAGAACGCUGGAAGGCUGUCUUCACCCAGAUCGACCUUCGACAGAGGGACCUGGAGCAGCUGGGCCGGCAGCUCGGCUACUACAGGGAGAACUAUGACUGGCUCAUCCGCUGGAUCAAUGAAGCCAAGCAAAGACAAGAGAGAAUACAAGCUAUACCUAUCACUGAUACAAAAACCCUGAGAGAUCAACUUGCUCAGGAGAAGAAGCUACUUGAGGAAAUCGAGAACAACAAAGACAAAGUGGAUGAAUGUCAGAAAUAUGCCAAAUCAUACAUUGAUACAAUUAAAGAUUAUGAACUACAGUUAGUUGCUUACAAAGCACAAGUGGAGCCUCUUACCUCUUCACCCUUGAAGAAAACCAAGCUAGAUUCAGCCUCAGAUAACAUUAUUCAAGAGUAUGUAACAUUGAGGACUCGAUACAGUGAACUGAUGACACUGACUAGUCAGUACAUCAAGUUCCUGAAUGACACAGAGCGCCGCCUUGAGGAUGAAGAGAAAGCUGCAGAGAAACUCAAAGCGGAAGAAAAGAAAAAAAUGGCCGAGAUGCAGGCUGAACUAGACAAACAGAAACAGUUAGCUGAUGCUCAAGCAAAAGCCAUUGCCAAAGCAGAAAAAGAGGCUAAUGAGCUGAAACUUAGAAUGCAGGAAGAAGUGAGCAAAAGAGAAAUCGCAGCCGUAGAUGCACAAAGACAAAAGUCCAACAUCCAACUGGAACUUCAUGAGCUGAAAAAUCUUUCCGAGCAACAGAUCAAUGACAAAGCCCAACAGGUAGAAGAAGCUCUUCAAAGCCGGGCAAAGAUUGAGGAGGAAAUACACCUAAUAAGAAUCCAACUAGAAACUACAGUUACACAAAAAAUGAUUGCAGAGUCUGAGCUUAAGCAACUUCGUGACAAAGCUGAUGAAGCUGAAAAACUCCGAAAAGCUGCUCAAGAUGAGGCAGAGAAACUUCGGAGACAGGUCAAUGAAGAAACCCAAAAGAAACGGUUAGCAGAAGAAGAGCUCAAGCGCAAAUCUGAUGCAGAGAAAGAGGCUGCACGCCACAAGCAAAAAGCUCUGGAAGACCUUGAAAACCUCCGAAUGCAGGCAGAGGAGGCUGAGAGAAGAGUUAAACAGGCUGAGAUAGAAAAGAACAGACAAAUACAGGUGGCACAUGCAGCUGCCCAGAAAAGUGCUGCUGCUGAGCUCCAGAGUAAACACCUGUCCUUUGUGGAGAAAACAUCCAAGUUGGAAGAAUCCCUGAAACAAGAGCAUGGCGCGGUACUUCAACUACAACAGGAAGCAGCACGUCUUCAAAAACAACAGGCUGAUGCAGAAAAUGCCAGAGAAGAGGCUGAAAGGGAGCUUGAGAAAUGGCGUCAAAAAGCAAACGAGGCUCUGCGACUAAGGCUUCAAGCUGAGGAAGAAGCCCACAAAAAGACCAUUGCACAGGAAGAUGCUGAGAAACAGAAGGAGGAUGCUGAACGUGAGGCUAAGAAGAGAGCUAAAGCCGAAGAGUCUGCUCUAAAGCAAAAGGAUAUGGCAGAGAAGGAGCUGGAGAGGCAGAGAAAGUUUGCUGAUAGCACUGCUCAACAGAAACUCAAUGCCGAACAGGAGCUGAUCCGUCUCAGGGCAGACUAUGACAACGCUGAGCAACAAAGGUCCCUUCUGGAAGAUGAACUAUACCGUUUAAAGAAUGAAGUAAUCCGGGCCGAGCAACAAAGAAAACAACUAGAAGAUGAGUUAGCUAAAGUGAGGAGUGAAAUGGAUGUACUUAUUCAGAUGAAGUUCAAAGCAGAACAGGAGAGCAUGUCCAAUACAGAGAGGAGCAAACAGCUUCUGGAGGACAAAGCUGCCAAGAUGAGAGAUCUAGCAGAUGAGGCAAGUCGGCUCAGAGCUAUCGCUGAAGAAGCCAAGCAGCAAAGACAGAUAGCUGAAGAGGAAGCAGCUCGUCAAAGGUCUGAAGCAGAGAGGAUCCUCAAAGAAAAGUUGGCCACAAUUAGUGAAGCCACCCGCCUCAAAACAGAAGCUGAAAUCGCCCUAAAAGAAAAGGAAGCAGAAAAUGAAAGACUACGUCGCCAAGCUGAAGACGAGGCAUACCAGAGGAAAGCUCUGGAAGAUCAGGCUAAUCUGCACAAGCAGGAGAUUGAAGAAAAGAUCGUCCUUCUCAAAAAGUCGUCAGAUGCUGAAAUGGAACGGCAAAAGACACUUGUGGAUGAUACCCUCAAACAAAAGCGAAUUGUUGAAGAAGAAAUUAGAAUUCUCAAGCUCAACUUUGAAAAAGCUUCCUCUGGCAAACUUGAUCUAGAACUCGAACUUAACAAACUAAAAAACAUUGCUGACGAAACUCAACAGAGCAAACUCAGGGCUGAAGAGGAGGCAGAAAAACUGAGAAAGCUUGCUUUAGAGGAAGAAAUGCGUAGAAGAGAAGCUGAGGAAAGAGUGAAGAAAAUUGCAGCUGCAGAGGAGGAGGCAGCCAGGCAGAGAAAGGCAGCCUUGGAAGAACUGGAACGGCUCAGGAAGAAAGCUGAAGAAGCCAGAAAGCAGAAAGAUGAAGCUGACCAAGAAGCUGAAAGGCAGCUUGUUGCAGCACAGCAGGCAGCACUUAAAUGUACCGCAGCCGAGCACCAAGUCCAGACUGUUCUCGCUCAGCAGAAAGAAGAUGGUGCCAUGCAGAAAAAACUGAAGGAGGAAUAUGAAAAAGCAAGAGUUCUAGCAAAAGAAGCUGCGGAAGCUAAAGAAAAGGCAGAAAGGGAGGCAGCCCUGUUUCGCCAGCAAGCUGAGGAGGCAGAGAGGCAGAAAGCUGCUGCUGAACAAGAAGCUGCAAACCAGGCCAAAGCACAGGAGAAUGCAGAGAAACUGAGGAAAGAGGCGGAGUUUGAAGCUGCUAAAUGGGCACAAGCAGAAGCCUCAGCGCUAAAGCAAAAGCAACAAGCUGAUGCAGAGAUGGCCAAGCACAAGAAACUGGCUGAACAAACAUUAAAGCAAAAGUUCCAAGUUGAGCAAGAGCUUACAAAGGUGAAACUUAAACUGGAUGAAACCGAUAAACAGAAAUCUCUCCUUGAUGACGAACUUCAGCGUUUAAAGGAUGAGGUGGAUGAUGCUGUUAAGCAGAGGUCUCAGGUGGAGGAGGAGCUUUUCAAAGUCAAAGUUCAAAUGGAGGAGCUAAUGAAACUGAAACUCAGGAUUGAAGAGGAGAAUCAGCGUCUCAUUAAGAAAGACAAAGACAACACUCAAAAGUUGCUUGCAGAAGAGGCUGAAAAUAUGAAGAAGCUGGCUGAAGAUGCUGCUAGACUUAGCAUAGAAGCACAAGAGACUGCUCGCCUAAGACAAAUUGCAGAGGAAGAUCUUAAUCAGCAACGAGCCCUGGCAGACAAAAUGUUAAAAGAGAAAAUGCUGGCAAUUCAGGAAGCUUCUAGACUUAAGGCUGAAGCCGAAAUGCUGCAAAGACAAAAGGAUCUUGCACAGGAACAAGCUCAAAAACUACUCGAGGAUAAACAGCUUAUGCAGCAGCGCCUAAAUGAUGAGACUGAGGAGUACCAGAAAUCUCUUGAAGCUGAGAGGAGAAGACAGUUGGAGAUAUUAGCUGAAGCAGAAAAACUUAAACUGCAAGUUUCUCAGCUCAGUGAAGCCCAGGCAAGAGCUGAAGAGGAAGCCAAAAAGUUCAAGAAACAAGCAGACACAAUUGCUUCCCGUCUCCAUGACACAGAAAUAACUACAAGAGAAAAAAAUACAGUUGUGGAAAAAUUGGAAAAUGAAAGACUAAACUCAAGCAGAGAAGCUGAGGAUUUACGCAAAGCAAUCGCAGACCUAGAGAAGGAGAAGGCUAGACUCAAAAAGGAGGCAGAGGAACUUCAAAAUAAAUCAAAAGAGAUGGCUGAUGCACAACAGAAACAAAUAGAGCAUGAAAAGACCAUGCUGCAGCAGACAUUCCUAACAGAAAAGGAGAUGCUCUUGAAGAAGGAAAAGCAAAUUGAAGAUGAGAAAAAGAGACUCGAGAGUCAGUUUGAGGAAGAAGUCAGAAAGGCCCAAGCUCUUAAAGAUGAACAGGAGCGUCAGAAGAAGCAAAUGGAGGAGGAGAAGAAGAAACUUCAGGCCAACAUGGAUGCUGCCCUCACCAAGCAAAAGGAAGCUGAGCUGGAAAUGCUGAACAAACAAAAAGAAAUGCAGGAACUGGAGAGAAUGAGACUGGAGCAAGAAAGAAAACUUGCUGAAGAAAACCAGAAACUGCGAGAGAAACUGCAGCAGAUGGAGCAUGCACAAAAGGAACAAACAAACAUUGAGACCAUAACAGUAGUUGAAACUACAAGAAAAGUCCUCAAUGGUCAAAAUGCUUCAGAUAUAACAGAUGCUGUUGAUCCUUUGUCUUUUGAUGGCAUUCGUGAAAAAGUUCCUGCAAUUCGAUUGCAUGAUAUUGGCCUUCUACCUAAGAAAGAGUUUGACAGAUUGAAAGAUGGCAAAACCACUGUGCACGAGCUAGGAGAGAGCGAUAACCUGAAACAAAUUCUUAAAGGAAGAAACUGCAUUGCUGGUAUAUUAAGCCCAACUAAUCAGAAAAUGUCUAUCUAUCAAGCCUCCAAAGAAAAAAAGAUUACACUAGGGACAGCUAUGAUUCUUCUUGAGGCCCAGGCUGCUACAGGCUUUAUGAUAGACCCCAUUAACAACAAGAAAUUCUCUGUCAAUGAAGCGGUUAAAGAGGGCUUGAUUGGGCCAGAAUUGCACAACAAAAUGGUGUUAGCUGAGAGAGCAGUUGCUGGCUACAAAGAUCCUUACACUGGAGGAAAAAUAUCUACUUUUGAAGCAAUGAAGAAGGGUCUCAUUGAACAUGAUCAUGCAAUCAGAAUUCUUGAAGCUCAACUAGCAACCGGGGGCCUUAUUGAUCCUAUUCACAGUCAUAGAGUUCCCACUCAGUUGGCUUGUAAACAAGGUCAGUAUGAUGCAGAAAUGAACAGGAUCAUGGAGAAACCCUCAGAUGACAACAAGGGGUACUUUGACCCAAGCACUCAAGAACCUUUGACGUAUACUGAACUAAUGACAAGAUGCAAAACUGACCCAGACACAGGGCUCCUGCUCCUACCCAUCACAGACCAAGCUGCAUAUUGCUCAAGCAUGUACACAGAAGAAGAGACUAAAGAUGUUUUCAACAAAACAACUGUGUCGGUCCCAUUUGGUAGGUUCACGGGAAAAACAGUAACUAUUUGGGAAAUCAUCAACUCCGAGUACUUCACCGAAGACCAGAAGAAAGACCUUCUACGUCAAUACAGGACAGGCAAAAUUACAAUCGAAAAGAUAAUUAAGAUUGUAAUUACUGUUGCAGAAGAGAAAGAGAAGAAAAGUGAAAUCACACUUGAUGGUAUUAGAGGCCCUGUCCCUGCCGCAGAUUUAGUAGAAUCCAAAGUUAUUGAUAAGGACUUGUAUAAUAAAUUGCACAAAGGGGCUUUAACAGUUAAAGAAGUGUCUGAAAUGGAGCCUGUAAAAAAAGCAUUGAAAGGUACAAAUGGAAUUGCAGGUGUAUACAUAGAAUCAUCCAAACAGCCUAUGUCUUUCUAUCAAGCUAUGAAGAAGGACAUGAUGAGACCAGGGCUAGCUCUAAGUAUGCUUGAAGCUCAGGCAGGAACAGGAUACAUUACUGACCCCAUUACCAACCAGAAGCAUACAGUCGAUGAAGCUGUGAAAGCAGGUGUUGUUGGCCCAGAGCUGCACGAAAAGCUGCUGUCUGCUGAGAGGGCUGUGACUGGUUAUAGAGACCCAUACUCAGGAAAAACUGUGUCUCUAUUCCAAGCAAUGAAGAAAGAUCUGAUCCCAAAAGAACAAGGUAUAAGGCUGCUUGAUGCCCAAUUGACGACUGGGGGUAUCAUUGAUCCAGUAAAGAGCCACCGCAUCCCUCAUGAUGUAGCCUGCCAGCGGAACUAUUUUGAUGAUGAAACAAAGCAAAUCUUAACUACUCCCAUCAAUGAGGCCAAGUGCUUCUUCAAUCCUAAUACAAAAGAAAAUGUCACCUACGCACAGCUCUUUGAGAAAUGCAUCACUGACAAGAAAACAGGUCUCCAGCUUCUGCCUCUGUCUGAUGAAGCAAUCAAGUGUAAAGAAGAGACAGCUUACACAGAGGCUCAGACCAAAGAAGCAAUGACCCAGGCCACUACAGAGCUGGACUGUGGUCCAUUUAAGGGCAGGAAAGUCACAAUCUGGGAAAUAAUUCAUUCUGAAUAUUUCACAGAGCAGGAGAGAAAUGACCUCCUUAAACAGUUUAUGUCUGGAAAGAUCACUAUUGAAAAGCUAAUCAAGAUUAUUAUUACUAUUAUCACUGAAAAAGAAGCAAAGAAACAAGAGCAAUCUGCUUUCAAGGGACUCAGAGCAAAUGUACCAGCAAGCUCUCUCUAUGACUCUAAAAUCAUUGACAAACCCACAUUCGAUCUCCUUCAACAAGGCAAAACAACACCUGCAGAAGUCAGUAGGAAUCCCAAUGUCAGUAAAUAUCUCCAGGGCUCAGAUUGCAUUGCUGGUAUUUACAAUGAGCCUUCAAAAGAAAAGAUGAGCAUCUACCAAGCAAUGAAGAAAAAGCUCCUCAGACACAAUACAGGGCUAGCUCUUCUAGAGGCCCAGGCAGCCACUGGGUUCAUUGUGGAUCCAUUAAGAAAUCUGUGCAUGUCAGUGGAUGAAGCAGUUAAGUCGGGCAUUGUUGGACCUGAGUUACACGAGAAGCUCCUGUCUGCAGAGAAAGCUGUCACAGGUUACAAAGACCCAUUCACCGGAAAGAAAAUAUCCCUCUUUGAAGCAAUGCAAAAGGACUUGAUACUAAAGGAGCAAGCUUUGCCAAUGCUUGAAGCCCAGAUGGUUUGUGGAGGCAUUAUUGAUCCAGUUAACAGCCACCGAGUCCCCACUGAUGUGGCAUAUCAGAAAACUAUGUUUGAUCAACAAACUGCCAAAAUUCUGUCUGAACCAUAUGAUGAAAACAAAGUUUUCUCAAACCCUGAAAAUGAUGAAAGUGUCACCUACAAACAGCUUAAAGACAAGUGCCAAAAAGAUCCAGAUACAGGCUUGUACAUGCUGCCACUCUCAAAGCCACAGUCUCCAACAGUUGUUGAAAAGACCUACCUCUACACUGAGGAACAAACACAGAGUGACCUGAGCAACACUCAAAUUGACAUUCCAAUUGAGGGUUUCUCUGACAAACCAAUGAACCUCUGGGAUAUUAUGAAUUCAAAUCUGCUUCCUGAACAAGAAAGACAGAGACUCAUGGAUGAAUACCGCUCUGGUAAAAUCACAAAAGAACGAAUGAUUAUCAUCAUUAUUGAGAUCAUGGAGCAGAGAGAAAUAAUCAGAAAUGAUGCUCCAUUAUCAUGCACAACAAUAAGAAGAAGGAUAACAAUUGAAGAAUUGUACAAUGCCCAAAUCAUAGAUUUAGAGACAUAUAAUCUCCUUAUACAAGGAAAAAGAGAUAUUCGUGACAUAAUGGAGUUGACCAGUGUAAAACAGUAUCUCUAUGGCACUGGUUGUGUUGCAGGGGUCGCAACUGACACAUGCAGAAUGAGCAUCUACCAAGCAAUGAAGAGAGAUUUCUUGACACCAGAAAUAGCCCUUAGUCUGCUAGAGGCACAGGCAGCUACCGGUUUUAUUGUAGACCCAAUAAAGAAUGAAACCCUUACUGUUGAUGAAGCUGUCCGUAAAGGUGUGGUUGGACCAGAAAUCCACGACAAACUCUUGUCAGCAGAAAGAGCAGUCACAGGAUACAAAGAUCCCUAUAGUGGAAAGGUUAUCUCCCUUUUCCAGGCCAUGAAAAAAGACCUUGUUGCCCAAGAUUAUGCUCUUAAAAUGUUAGAAGCACAAACUGCCACUGGAGGUAUUAUUGACCCUGAGUUCCAGUUCCACCUCCCGACAGAUGUUGCAAUGCAAAGAGGUUACAUUAACAAAGAAACCAAUGAGAAACUAAAUGAUGAUGUUAAAGGCUUUAUUGACCCUGUAACAGAAGAGAAAGUUUCAUAUGCAGAGUUACUGAAGAGAUGCAAGCUAGAAGGAGGGCUGCGUCUUCUUUCUUUGGGAGACAAGAGGUUGAUGUUUAAGGGUCUAAGGAAACAGAUCACAAUUGAGGAGCUUUUACGGUCACAGAUCAUUGACCAAGAAACUGUCACACAACUGAAUCAAGGUGCAGUGUCAGUGGAAGAAGUUAGUAAUAGGCUAUCACGAUACCUUGAAGGAACAGGCUGUAUUGCUGGUGUAUUUCUGGAAUCUUCAAAAGAACGUUUCUCCAUUUAUCAAGCUAUGAAGAAAAAUAUGAUUAGACCAGGCACAGCAUUUGAGCUCCUUGAAGCACAAGCAGCCACUGGAUAUGUCAUUGAUCCCAUCAAAAACCUCAAGCUUACGGUUAAUGAAGCUGUAAAGAUGGGAAUUGUGGGGCCAGAGUUCAAAGACAAACUUCUUUCAGCUGAGCGGGCUGUCACAGGAUAUAGAGAUCCAUAUUCAGGCAAGACAAUAUCUCUCUUCCAAGCCAUGAAAAAGGGCCUCAUAUUGAAAGAUCAUGGCAUUCGUCUACUCGAAGCCCAGAUUGCUACAGGAGGAAUCAUUGACCCAGAGGAAAGUCAUCGCCUGCCAGUUGAAGUUGCCUACAAUCGUGGCUUCUUUGAUGAAGAAAUGAAUGAGAUUUUGACAGAUCCAUCUGAUGACACCAAAGGUUUUUUUGACCCCAACACUGAGGAAAAUCUAACAUAUUUGCAGCUCAUGGAGAGGUGCAUUAAAGACCCUGACUCUGGUCUGGUGCUUCUGCUGCUGAAAGAUAAACAUCGUGAAAGAAAAACAUCUUCUAAAUCUUCUGUUCGUAAGCGCCGUGUUGUCAUUGUUGACCCUGAAACCGGUAAAGAAAUGACGGUCUAUGAGGCGUAUAGGCGGGGACUGAUUGACCAUCAAACCUAUUUGGAGCUUGCAGAGCAGGAGUGUGAAUGGGAAGAGAUCACAAUGACCUCUUCAGAUGGUACUGUCAAAACUCUAAUCAUUGACCGAAGAUCUGGGCGACAGUAUGAUGUUGAUGAUGCUAUUGGCCGUGGUCUGAUUGACCAACGCUCACUUGAAAGCUACAGGUCUGGAAACGUGUCCAUCACAGAGUUUGCAGAUAUGCUUUCUGGAAAUAUGGGAGGGUUCCGCUCACGGACAUCUUCAAUCGGAUCCACCAGUGGCUCGACCUCCUCGUAUCCCAUGAGCCCCAUACCAACUAUUAAAGCACCUGCAGUCAUAUGGAAUGACCCAAGUGAAGUCACUUGUCCCAUCGCUGGCAUACUGGAUGUAGACACUCUGGAAAAGAUUUCUAUAACUGAGGCCAUGCACAGAAACCUUGUAGACAACAUUACAGGUCAAAGACUUUUAGAAGCCCAAGCUUGCACAGGAGGAAUAAUUGACCCCUCAAGUGGAGAAAGAUUCUCAGUCAGUGAUGCCACAGAGAAGGGUCUAGUGGAUAAAAUUAUGGUUGAUCGUCUUAACCUUGCCCAAAAAGCAUUUAAUGGCUUUGAAGAUCCUAGAACAAAGUCUAAAAUGUCGGCCUCCCAAGCUCUGAAAAAGGGCUGGUUAUAUUAUGAAGCUGGGCAGCGGUUCCUUGAGGUCCAGUAUCUCACAGGUGGACUCAUUGAGCCUGAGGUUGAGGGAAGAGUGCCACUGGAUGAGUCUAUUAGGAAGGGAACUAUUGAUGCACGCACUGCCCAGAAACUCAGAGAUGUUGGUACUUAUUCAAAAUAUCUGACAUGUCCCAAAACCAAACUUAAAAUCUCCUUUAAAGACGCAAUGGACAAAAGCAUGGUUGAGGAAGGAUCUGGGCUGAGGCUUCUUGAAGCAUCAUCAGAGUCCACCAAAGGAGUGUAUAGUCCCUAUAAUUUGAGUGGAACUGGCUCAGCCUAUGGCUCUCGGUCUGGCUCAAGGACUGGUUCCAGAACCGGAUCAAGGAGAGGCAGUAUUGACGCCGGCUUCACCAUGAACUUCUCCUCCUCCUCUUAUACAUCAUCAUCAACCAGCUAUGGCCGUAGAUUCUGAGCCAUAAGCUCUGCAUAAUUUUGUACAAGCAAACAUAAACCCACUAAUAGAAAAGAACAGUAGAACUGAAGUCUAACUAACUCUAAGAAAAAGUUACAGAUACUUAGCAGUUAUUUAUUUAUUGUUUUGUUUUUUGUUUUUCUUUUUUGCAUGUAGAGUUUAGAAUAGUACAAUUUUAAACAUAGUUUAUAUUUUUGGACAUAACAUACUAUACCUGUUAAAGGUUGCCUUGCAGGCUGAUGUUCAACAGAAAUUUAUAGUAUUACUUUCUUUGACAUUUUUAUGACAUUAAAACAACUUUAUAUUCUAUAUAUAAACUAAGUUUUGAUAUUUUACUGAUGCAAAUUUUACAUUGAAUGUUUGUAUAGAAUAUGGGUUCAUGAUAUUUCUUAUGUUAACAUUUUCUUGGUAAAAACUAUUGCUCUAUUACUCUUGGCACAUAAAGCCAGUCACUACAACAAAAACACACAUAUUGCCUUUCAAAAGUUGACAUUGCUUUUAUGUUAAUAUGUUUAUAAUCAGUGGACAUGUAAAUAGUAUUUUGACACAACAUGGUUAGUCACUAGUGAAGCUUCACAAUUUUGCCCAAGUGUUCCUGAUCAAUCCCAAGAUGAUGUCAGUCCUCAUGCAGCUUCAUCACACAGAUGUGCCUCCUGUAAUUUAAGUUUCUACUUUUAAAAUGCAUUUCCUGAAGAUGGACACUCAGCUGGCAAGGUCUUAUAGUCCCCAUCAUCACAAUGUCCUGUUCCAG